AUGUCCAUCAAACUAAGCAGGUCGCCUAUCCCCUCGGGGGACAGCGAGAAGGAGAUCGGUCGCGAUCCGAUACUAUGCAGCAUCUGCUGGAACCUGUAUGCAGGCUCAAUCAAUACCGCUCCCUUUUCAACGUCACGAAUGAGCCUCCGCGACGCAGUCGCCAAUGCGGAACCAGGAAAACCCCUCGGGAAAGCGCCCGGUUGGGCCAGAGGCGAUGCCCGUCUAGACUACGCCUCUUGGAAGUUUUCCGUGGCCCUCGCCAAGAUGCCCGACUCGGCAGACUCAGGCUGCGACACAUGUCGGCUCCUGUACGUGGCAAUCCAGCGGCUGAGCGGCGGGUCUGUCGACUUCAGCGACCACCAUCUGCGUCUGGAAGUGACCAUGUGCAGAGGCAACGCCCUCCAGCUUGUCCUGUGGAAAGACGCGGCCGUCACAGACGAGUACGAAGAAGCGUUUGGCUUCGAUGUCUUUGCCGAUAUGGAACCGGCAGAGGACGUAGGAUCUACAUUGGAAGCUACUUGGGAACUAUACACGCUGCCGAACGCCACCUGCCCAUGGUCCUCGAUUGGGAACCGUCUGAACAAGGAGGAGUAUCACGACUCUGAUAAGCGACUCAUCCGGGGUGGUGCGAGGCAGGUUCCGUCCGACGCCCAUUCAGACACCACAUUCGACCGAAUCAAGGCAUGGAUCAGUACAUGUAAAAAGGAGCACUCCAUCUGUGCCCAGGUGGAUGCACUCUCAACAAGCCGUCUACCGAAGCGUGUCUUGCACCUUGGUGGGCCAGGAUCCGGCUUUGACGAUGAUGAUGUCGUGCAUCUCGUAGAGCGAACCGAUAAGCAGCAUUGUGAAGACGAGCCUUACAUAGCCCUGUCCCAUUGCUGGGGCGAGACGCAGCAUCUGACCUCGACGAGAGAGAGCUUGGACCAGAGGAAGAAGGGGAUACCGAUGUCGAGCAUGUCACGGACCUUCCAGGACGCCGUCGUCAUAUCCAGGAAGCUCGGGAUCCGUCAUCUAUGGAUUGACUCCCUGUGCAUCAUCCAAGACGACUCGCACGACUGGGAAGUCGAGGCGGCCAAUAUGGCCUCCAUAUACAACGGCGCCUAUCUCGUGGUGGCGGCCUCCGCCAUGCCCGAUGGAUCUGGAGGAUGCCUGUUUGACCGACCUCCGGAGACGAUCAUCGACGGCACGUCCGCUUCCGGCGAGGCCUUCCGGAUAUACGGGAGGCGCCCGAUAGACCACGACGUCUUUGAGGGAGACACGGCCCACAACGACUAUCGCCACCUGGCCCCCAUAAACACCGACAGCCGUUUCCGGAAGGUGAAGCUGGACUUCCCGCUCAUGACCCGCGCGUGGUGCUUGCAGGAGAGGAUGCUGGCGACGCGCAUACUGCACUACACCAAGGCCGAGGUCGUGUUCCAGUGCUCUCUGGCGUCCAACUGCGAGUGCGGCGCCUUGGAGGACUACGACAGAGACUCCCGUCUCAGCGCCCGACGUUCCCUCCUGAAGAGGCCGAAUCGAGCGGCGGCAACGACGAGAGGGCUGACGGCUGCCACCGGAACCGGAGGCGGUGACGGACACGGAGUCGACGACUUCGACACGUGGCACGACAUUGUCAUGGACUUCUCGGAGAAGCAGAUAACCAAGCGCACCGACUGCCUGCCUGCCAUGGCAGGACUGGCGGUCAAGUGGCACGACCCCGCGUCCAUGGGCCGCUACCUGGCCGGCAUCUGGGAGAAGGACCUCCUGCGCUCGCUGAUGUGGCGGGCGAACUCCGCCGAUAGCGACGGGAAGGAGCUCCCCUACAUCGGGCCGACCUGGAGCUGGCUCGGCGCGCAGCGGGCGGUGACGUGGGGGCCGAGGAGGAAGCGCGAUCCCGAGUACUUCAUCGAGAUAGACCUGGGCCGGACUGCCUGCCACCCCCUCCACACCGUCAAUCCUUACGGCCAGGUCAGGUCGGGGUAUAUAUCCUUGACGGGGAGGAUCAUGCCCGUCGAGAUGGCCAGGAACGAGGACGACGACGAAGUCAAGUUCUACGAGUCCUUGGGGGGCGUAGUGCUGCGCAAGCACGGCAACACCUCCUCCUGCCAGGCCCAGGUGACCGAGGCGGAUAGCAUGUUUCGCAUCCGCCAGCACCAGAACAGCUCCGACUACUACUGCCUCCGCUUCUUCCACCAGAAGCCCAUGGCUACCGACAAGGACGCAGCUCUGGUCCUGGCUCGGGCGACGCCGGACGAUGCUGCGAGACAGCCCGAGCACGUCCGAUCUUCCGGUCACGUAUAUGUGCGCCUGGGGAUCACCAAGGGGUAUCCGACUCAUGAAUGGAAUCACGAGGCCGACUCGAAAGAGGUCCAGCUGUAUCUGAUAUGA